GUUCGUGCGUGUGUCGAGAAUAAAAUGGCGUCUGACAGUAAACAGGUGAUUUUGGUGAUUUGUUAGAUCAAUUCGUUUGGUUAUCCAGCUCGAGUUCUUCGAGUCAUAGACAAAAAGAAACAAAAGAACAUCACUUUGUUUGGAAAUGAAGCGUCAACGCAGAACGCCCCACAUUAGCACCACAACCAUAAUCGAGUAGUUCUAGAAAAGUACGAAUUGCAUUCCUUCUUGUCCUGGUGGCCCCGGUGGAUGAACCAGUGUCGACGCGAUGGACGCCGAGUUUCAGGACGUGCAGGACGACUCGGACAUGGAGUGCUCCGACAACGAGGCCUACGACGACGACGUUUACUACAACCAAUGGAAUCAGGACGACAACGACAUGGAGCAGAACGAUCCGUCUGCUAGGGAUCCAGAGUACUUUUCUUAUGAUUGCCUCACCGAGGAGCAAGUGGAGAGACUGCUGAAUGAGUCCGUCGAGACGCUUAGUAAUAAUGUACAUAUUACACCAUCACUUGCCAAAUUAUUGUUACAUGCUCACAACUGGGCUGUGCAAGACAUAACAACAAAAUACCGUGACGAUGCAAAUAAGCUCCUCAUCGGCUCGAAAAUCAAGCCGUCUUCGACGCUAUCGCUGGCGAAUGCGACGCGACUGCUCAACUGCACCGUGUGCGUGCAGGCGCAGCACAACGAUAAGUUCUACAGCCUUUUGUGCGGCCAUAUGUUCUGCAAGGAUUGCUGGGCGAUGCAUUUUGAAGUUCAAAUUAAUCAGGGAAUAUCAACGGCAAUUAGUUGCAUGGCACGCGAUUGCGAAGUGCUGGCGCCUGAAGAUUUCGUCCUCAAACACCUCACGCAGCCGGAUAUGCGCGAAAAGUAUCAGCAGUUUUCAUUCCAGGACUACGUCAAGUCACAUCCGGAGCUGCGCUUCUGUCCGGGCCCCAAUUGCGCUGUGGUGAUAAAAAGCAAGGAGUGCAAAGCGAAGAGAUCGGUUUGCAAUCAGUGCAAGUCGAUAUUUUGCUUCAGAUGUGGAAUGGAUUAUCACGCACCAACAGACUGCUCGGUGAUCAAGAAAUGGCUGACAAAGUGCGCGGACGAUAGCGAAACGUCGAAUUACAUUUCGGCGCACACGAAAGACUGCCCCAAGUGCCACAUCAUCAUCGAGAAGAAUGGCGGUUGUAAUCACAUGCAGUGCUACAACUGUAAGCACGAUUUCUGCUGGAUGUGCCUCGGCGAUUGGAAGCAGCAUGGCUCCGAAUACUAUGAGUGCUCGCGGUACAAGGACAAUCCCAAUAUUGCUCACGAAUCUAUUCACGCUCAGGCGCGUGAAGCACUGAAAAAAUACCUCCACUACUACGGCCGUUGGGAAAACCACUCGAAGUCCUUGAAACUCGAAGCUGAAACCCUAGAAAAACUAAAGACACGCAUCAACCAAAAGGUAAUGGCCGGCCUGGGCACCUGGAUCGACUGGCAGUACCUCUUCGUGGCCGCGAAUCUGCUCGCCAAGUGUCGCUACACACUUCAAUACACUUACCCGUACGCGUACUUCAUGGAGCCAGGCUCGCGCAGUUCCUUGUUCGAGUACCAACAGGCGCAGUUAGAGGCGGAGAUCGAGAACCUCUCGUGGAAGAUCGAGCGAGCCGAGACGACCGAUCGCGGCGACCUCGAGAACCAGAUGGACAUUGCCGAAAAGCGGCGCGUGACACUACUGAAAGACUUCUUAGACGUGUGAUACAACAUUUAGCUUAAGCCUAGUUUUAUUUCUGUUUUGCAUUGCGCAUGCGCGGUUGAAACAUAACGUAUCCGAACAAAAAACGAAUGAAUUUUCAAUUUUUGUCUGUGUGUUGGUUGGUUACGCAUUGCGCAUGAGCAAUGGACCUCAUCGUCUUUCACUCUACUACCGCUCUUAGGUUAGAGAAAUAUUUUAAACAACGAAUAUUUAUUUUGUGUACUGCUAUGUAUGUUUAGUUUAAAUUGAAUAACGUUUGACAACACUGAUGAUUGCAGCUCUUUGUAUUUAAUCCGUAGACGAUAGUUGUACAUACGCUAUAUUUUCUACAAGUUGUAAACUAAUAACCAAAAUAUUGCAGGACACACAAUGGCGUUGUGAGGAUGCUAGGGAGUUUUUUUUCUUCUUUGAUUGUUACACUUGAAAUUGUACUUGUAAAUGUAAAUCAUAUUGCUCGUUUUUCUUAUUCGGCUAAUUUUUAUACGUAGACUAAAGAUGACUAAACAUUUCGAGAGUGGUGGAGUGAUUAAUUGCAUCUGUGGGUGGAGAUAAUAACGAUUAUGUCGAGAUUAUGAACGAGGUUAUGUUUUAAACAGUGCUGUAGUGCGAUGACGCAUAUGGACAUGAGUACAUUUUAUAAAAUACAUUAAAAAUGAAUGAUCUCAA